UACCUCAGUAUCCAAGUUACCUUACAAUUGAACGGUAGAGAGAACUGUUUGGGCACAGGUCUAUACGUCAGCGGCUACCAACAAAUGACAGGAGAAUUCUUGGCCGACUUGGACCGACAAGAAGACUUCGGCCCACUCAUCCAAAAAAGGCGGGAAGGAGGGACGGGGCCCCGCGGGAUACCAUAAAUAGACGAAAGCAAAUUAUUUCGCUCUUCUGAAGUAUUUAACACUAAUUACUUGGCAAGGGGACCCCGUCCCGAGUAUCUGUCGUCUUGGUGGAGAGCGCCUCUUCUUGCCGGGUCUUUUGCCGUAGAACCUCGCAGAAAAUUACAGCAAUAUGCCGCGUAAGAAGACAGCAGGAAAGAGAAAGUAUGGCAGGAAGAGCACCAACAUCUUCGCCAUGUUCGACAAAGGACAGAUUCAGGAGAUGAAGGAGGCUUUCUACUUAAUAGACCAAGACAGGGACGGAUUCAUCGGGAACGACGACUUGAAAGAUAUGUUUGCGUCACUAGGCAAGCAGCCUAACGACAAGUUGGUGGACAGUAUGAUCAAGGAGUCACCAGCCCAGAUGAACUUCACCGCCUUUCUGUCUCUUUUCGCCAACAAACUGGGAGGUACGGAUCCAGAAGACAACAUCAACAAAGCAUUCGAGUUCUUCGACCCAAACAAGACGGGAAAAAUCAAGAAGGCAGUCCUGGUAGAACUGCUGACAAAGGCGCCGUACGGCGACAAGCUGAACGCUGAAGAGUUGAGUGCCAUGAUGGAGAUUGCGAACGUCGAUCACAAGGGGAUGUUCCACUACCGCGACUUCACUGCAGUCCUCAAGGGCAAGGAGGUAGAAGACUAAAGAAAGGGAGAACCUGCAGAAGCGAGGCUACUUCAAGGGGUUUCGUGGAUACUGCUUUGGUCCAAAAUCAAAGGACGUUGAAGUGCCAAGUGUAACGCCGACGUCAGAAGCUACGACGAAGACCGAUCAACGACAGGCGUCGAGUAUUCCUAAAACCCCUUAUGCAGCCUCAUGUGUAAUAAGAAGCUUUGUCGUAGUUCUACAUGAAACUGUAAAAAUGACAUCAAGAAUGGUCCCCAUGUUACUAUUUGCCCCCCCCCCCCCAUUCGACUAUGUGA